AGCCAUUUGUUUACUUUGUUUUGGUGACUUAAUGUUAUUAACUAUUAUUGUUGUUUACUUUGUUAAGUGUUGCUGCCAGUGGUCAAAGUAGUAGAGUCCAAGUGAAGCUCACUUUGGAAAAGAAGCUAUCAUCAAUUUUCGCGCCCGCGCCAUUUUUUGUAUUUUUAAUCAUUUUUCAUCAUUAUAAUUAUGGUGGCCUUAAGCAUAGAUGGCCUUAACAAAGUGCCAGUUGAGCUAGAACCAGACAUAAUAUAUCGUGUUGGACGCCGGUUGGGUCUAGAGUUUUUUAUAGACGAUGAGUCUAUUGAGCUCGCGCAUGCUACAAUCGUUAUUAUAGCCGGCGGAAUUGUGCGUGUAUCAGCUGCGACUGGCCAAGUUUAUGUGAAGGGCCUGGAAACGGGACUGGAAAUAAAGAGCAUAAGCGAAGCAGAUGCCAUCAACGGAAUUGUGGAUUUGCGCUUUGGUAAUGUGGCUGCCAAACUGCAAUUUAACGAUGGCAAGCACCUGGAUAACGGAGCGGCAAACGACACUAGUGGCUUUGAGGAGGGGACGAAAGAUAAGUCGGCUUAUAGAACUUCUGGGAGCCUUAUCAUUCCUGAAUCUGAGCCGCAAUCUGCAAACAAUACGGCGAAUAUGGAAAGUUUCACCAUUCCUGAAACUCAGGCAAUUUGCUUUAAUCGACCUUCAAACGGUCACGAGCAUUCUAAGGUUUCAUUGGGCGAUGAUUUUUUGAUUCCCGAAACCCAAGAUGUCAUGCUGAAUGUUAAUAAUCCUGUUCUACUAAAUCAAGACCAAGAUAUUGUCAGUGAGGACGAAGGCUCGGAGCUAGGCACUCAAAUACGCAUUUGCACGCAGGAAUUCAAUGAGUACAAUGAAGAUGCCAUUGAUGAUUUUGAUUCCUCGCUCUUACUUGGCGAUGGCGGUCUGACAGUGUUUCCGCCUCCCAGGCAGCCAGAUGAUAACUCAGGAGUUGACUUGGAUAUGAGUGCCUUGAAUUGGUCUGCAUCCAAUUCAAAAUGCACUGCAUUAAACAGCACCAAGGCUGUCGAUGUGUCUUCGCGUGCCGAUAUUUGCCUUACACCAGAUCUAUCUGUUGCAGGACAAAAAUCAGAAGAGCUUAAUGAUGUUCCUUGCACUCCAGACAUAUUUGAUAUGUUCGAUGUUGAACCAAAUGAACGCUUAGGCUCUUGCACGCCUGAAUUAAAUCUGCCUGCAACGGUGCUCUCUAGCCCAUCGAUUAAAGUUGAUGAUAACGAAAAGGUUUGUGUUGCAAAGCAGCCAGCGGCUACAAAUAUUGAGACACCAGAGCCCACUCCAGCAGAGCUGCAAGAUAACUCCCAAGAUUUUGUUGAAACGCAGGCAUUUCCAGUGCGAAGCGCACCCACGCACUUACAACUUUCAAAUUCGGAUGACAAUGACGAGGACUUCAUUGCAACGCAAGCAUUUCCUAUGAGAACAGUAGGGCAACGCAAAACGAAUGAAUCCUCAGACAAAUUGCAAGACUUUAUUGCCACACAGGCGUUUGUAAGACCUAGGCCAUCUAUACCAAAACAAAAUGAAACGACGAGCACAAGAUUGAGUAUUACAGCCCAAAUUCACAGCCAUAACGAAGACUUCAUUGAAACACAAAUGUUUCCCACAAAAACAACACAUCCAGUGCCUUCGCUAAAGCCUAUGCCGAAUGGAACUGAGGACAAUUUUGAAGACUUUAUUGCCACACAGGCAUUUAUUAGACCCCAAACAUCUGUACCAAAUAAAGCGGUAGAUACAAUAUUGAAUAUCACUGCUCAAAUUCAAAAUAACACUGAAGAUAUGAUGGAGACCCAAUUGUUUAUCCCUCCCACCAACAAAAAUGAUAAAACUGCAGCUAAUGAAAGUUCGGCUGUCAUUCUUCAAAUUCCCGAUUCUAUCAAAAUUGGAGAUGAACUUGAUAAAGACCUCAGCCAACUGAUUGCGCUAUCUGCAAUGCCGAGUUCACCGAUAGACGAUGAGCAACAUAAUUUUGAUAAGCAAUCCAACACUUUAGAGAAGACUCAUGAGAGCAAGAUACAUCAACCUAAGGAGUUCCCAAAUAAAGUGGACGCCGUACAGGAAGAUCAACAAAAAUCAAGCAAAAAUUCUAGCCGCAGACGUGUUUCUCCUCGCCCAGUAUCCCCACAAGCGUCAACAAGCAAAAAAAAGCGCACUCGACAGUUCUCAAAAUCGCCCACGCCAUCAGGAUCAGCAGCGUCCGGGCUUGAAAAUUUAAAGAUAGAAACGAAAACGAGACGGAAGCGAUCGUCAGCGUCUAACGAGGAAUCCACAGCGCCUCCGAAAAAAACACGCGGAAAAACAUCCCAGCCCACAUCUGACGACACCGUAGACUCCAAACCGAAAAAAAGUGAGGCUUCUAAGAAAAAGGAUACCAUUGAAGGCAGCAUGCUGGUUAGAUUACGCAAAACUCGUACCAAAACAGAAGAAUUAUCGGAGACGAGUACUGCAUCAACGCAUCAAAGCGAAGAUUCUAUCAAUGAAGUUAAAAUUACAGCCGAAACUAGCCAAGAGCAAGUGAGGAAUGAUAAUAAAGUUGUAAGCUGCAGCAAGGAAAGUAAAUUAAGAAAACCUAAACAGUCCAGUGAUGAUAAACCAGCUACUAACCAGGACAGACAACCAGUAAGCCGCAGAACAAGAAGACAAUCCCAACUAGUUGAUAUAAUUGAAGCAAAUGGUAAUGAAAUUCCCAUAAAUCAAAAACCUGCUGCCAAAAUUGACGACGCCCUGUCCACGAGAAAAGAACUACGGCGCUCAGUUAAGGCGCCCACCGAGAAAGACACCAGCGCCACAAAAGAAGCCAAGCCUGCACCUAGCCUUAGAAGUUUCCGCAGGUCAACUAGCAAAACAGAUUUGACUGAGGAAUCUAGAGAAGAUACUGCUAAAACCAAAAAAAAGGUCAAUGGGGGAGGGGAUGUGGCUAAAACUAAGAGCAGCAGAAAAACAUCACAAGAAGCUAUUGAAAGUGACAAGGAAGAGGAGCCAACGACUAGUGCUAAUGCCCCAACGCAUAAUGCCCGCAAAAAUAAGCUGCCUAGUCGGAAAUCACUAAAAGAUAUUAACGACUAUAUAAAGAAGAUAAAAAUUUCGGGCCGAAAAAUCCGCUUAGCACUAUCCAUGUGCAAUUAUGCCGAGCUGAACGCUGUAUUGGUGUCAUUAAAAAAUGCUAUAGAAGUCACUACGGAUCCACUUGAUUGUGAUUUGCUCAUCAUGGACAAGGGCGAACGUACAUAUAAAUUUUUGGUUGGAAUCGCAGCGAAUAAACCCAUUUUGUCGACUAAGUGGCUACACGGCAUGAAGGAGAAACGUUCUAUUAUCGUACAAUCGGAUCAUAUAUUCAAGGAUGAAAAGUUCGAGGAAACCUUCAAAUUUAAACCCUUAUCAGUAUUUGAAAAUCCCAGUUUAUUGAAAGGACUAGAUUUUAUGCUCGCUGGUGACAUCCAGCCGAAUGUCAAGGAAAUGAAAGCUAUCAUUGAAUGCGCCGGUGGAACGGUGCACACUAAAGCGCCUCCAAUUGCCAGCAAUGUGCAUCUGUAUGUGGUUGCCAGCAAGCAGGACAAACACAUUUGGCAGCUGCUCAGAAACUACAAUAAUGUACAAUAUAUUAAGGCUGAAGGCGUUAUGCAAGCCUUGGUACAGCGUAACCUUGAGCUGCUGGAUGAGCACAAACUCAACUUGUCACUGAUAUGUAAAUAGUUGAAUAGAUGUAAAUAGGCUUAAAGAAUUUUGUAAAGCAAUCAGCUUAGUUAUAUAAAAAAAAUAUUGUGAGAUUUGACUUAGAUGUCGUUAACAGCGAAACCAUUGUGCCGGCUGGCCAGGAGCAGCAUCAAAAAAUUGGAGUACGUAAUCCGAAUCUAACAAGGCAGUAAUCACCUAUUUCCUAUUUCUACAUCCUUGAUGUUUUCUGAUAUUUUGAUGCUGCUUCCAUUUGAAAAACGUAGGCCAAUUAAGUAUUCGGAUAUUAUAUGCUAAUUUGUAUUUACUUUUCAA